AGUGAAGCACGGUGGGAACUGUGUCGACGGGAAAAAAAAAACUGAGCGAAUAAUGGCCGCAAGCAAGCAGAGGCGAGUUGAUGUUCUCACAUGCUCUAUAUGUUUGGAAACAUUCCGGAAACCAGUAGUGCUACCCUGUCAGCACAGUUUUUGUAAGGAAUGCAUUGGUUUGUACGCUGACAAGUUUAAACCUGUACAGAUAGAUGAGACCUCCGGUAGCACGGACGUUCAUCGGCCUAUAGCAUGCCCUGUGUGCCGGGCACCAACCAGUCUCGGGAGAGAAGGUGUGGCUGGACUGGCUCCUAACUUUCAUCUGGCAGAAAUUGUGGAGAGGUUCACGUCUGCUGUAAAAGUUGAGGAUGACACCCCAUAUUGUUCUCUGUGUAAGGCGGAUAAUCACACCAAAGCUGUCAAGUUUUGUACCACCUGUGCUGUGUUCUACUGUCAGGAAUGUCUUGCAAAUUGCCAUCCAAUGAGGGGGGCUCUAAAACGGCAUCAACUGAUUUCUUCCAUGGAGUACCUCUCCCAGGAAACCUCACAGGGUCAAGUCAGCAGGGACCACCAAUCAACUGGGCAGCCGUCAUGUGCUAGACACGGUCAGCCAUUCGUCUUGUACUGUGAACCCUGUGGGAUGGUGAUGUGUAUGGGGUGUGUGGUUGAGCAUCCAGGACACGCUAUGCGGGAUAUACCAUCAGCAGCUGGGAAUGUCAAGCUAGCUGUUUUGUGCAAGACUAGUGAACUGGAGAAAGUGCUACGAGAAACUAAAGAAUCACUGCCAGGAGUUAUGAGGCUGCAGAAUAAGAUACAGAAAAACCAGGAACUUCACUUCCAGGAGGUAGAAAAGGCUUAUUGUGCAGCCUUGGAAUCUUUACAAGCCUGGAGACAGCAAUCCAUAGAUGGCAUAAAAACCCGAUAUUCACAGUGGUGUGUGGAGUGUAACGCCAUACUUAAACAUUUCCAGCUACAGGCCCAGGAAAUGGAGAGGAUGGUACAAGCUUCAAAAGAUUUCUUAGCGUCAGUGGACGUCGAGUUUUUACAAGGUUCCACGAGCUUCACCAAGACAAUUGGUGACCAGCUGAAUGAGAUAGGAGCAAAUCUGGAGAGAGAUGAGGUCAGCAAACAGAAUCUUCAAGGUUUUGUACAACUUGACCUUGUUUUGCCUAGACACGUGACGGUAAAAGAGACAGUGCAAGGAAGUCAGGACUUAGAAGCAGCAGUCGGUGGACAAAUGUCACGCCCAAAGCCGACGCUGAGAUUCACAGAGACAGACGACAGUGAGCUGAGAAUUGCUGAGAGCGGCUCUGUGAUAGAGGGUGACUUCUUGGAGGGGGACUUGGGGAGAGCUGUGACAAACGGCCGUUACCAGACGGGCAGGUACUACUGGGAGAUAGAGAUCACCUGUUCACGUGUAUGUGGCUCUGGCUGUGAUGUAGGAGUUACACAGGAGAGCUGUGGUGUGAGGGGGAGGACAGACCCUGGCCACAACAGCUGGUACAUUGGGAUGCUGUGCCGUGGUGAUGAGGUCAGGUGUUAUAGUCACCGUGGUGGUGAGAUCAAACCUGGCUAUCUACAGGGGAGACGUUACACACGACCUCUUCGCAUGGGUCUGUACCUGGACUGUGAUGACCAGUCCCUGACAGUCCUGGAUUGUCACAACAACCAGGUAAUAGGCACUGUCAGUGGUGUUGUCGUCACAGAGCCUCUCGUGCCAUGGGUUGAGUUUUAUGUCUGGUCUGGAUCUAUGUCUGCGUCUGGAUCUGUGUCUGCUCGUCUGGUAACGGGUGACUGCAGCUCCGCAUCAGGUUCGCAGUGACAUGAUAAUAAUUUCCUGACCCUCGGGUAAUUAUUUAUUACAUCUUUUAGAUCAUAUUAUAAUUUGUUGAUAUAUACCUUAAUUAGGAUUUUUUUUUUAAACAAAAGCACCAAUUUUCGUACUGAUAUUUUAGUUAAUGUCAGCAGUGUGGCAAAUUCAGUAUGUAUAGCUUCUUCUGCGAAGUGGUCAGUGAUAUGUCACAGCUUACAGCUUGGUGUAGUUGUACACAUUCUGUCUGACUUGUCCAGAACAUCAGUGUCAGUUUUCUACCAGACAAAAUGCAUGUAGAUUAAAACUGGGUAAUUUUAUUUUUAGUAAUGGAAACUUGUAAACCAGAAUUAUCAGGAGUGUCACUGAGCAAAACAGGUUACAGUUUAUACAUG